AUGCCAUUAUUAUACAAACCAGCUGCUGAAGGUAAAGACGUCAAACCAGCUCAAAUUCCAUCUCCAGGCAACAACUCCUUUUUGGAAGAUACUUUUACCAGUGAUGCUCCAAAAGAUAAACAAAUCUCAUGUGGUUUCUACAGACAAGAAAAAGGUGAGCCAUUAGUUUACACUUACGAUUACGAUGAAAUGAAAAUUAUUGUUGAAGUAUCAGGCGAAUUCACCCUUACUGAUGAAACUGGAAAAAAAGUUAAUGCUAAACCGGGUGACGUAUUUUACUUUAGUAAAGGUACAACUAUCACUUUUGAAUCUACUGAUUACGCUUUAGCAUUUUUCACUGGUUUGAGACCAAAUGGUGCUGCAUAG